AUGGCUUUCUUCAUCCGGCGGCCGUUCGCCGUAACGUCGGCGCUCCAUCAGAUCCCCAAAUUCUCGUCAAACACAGCUCGCUUCAUCUCCACCUCUCCCAUCAGGUCAGCUCCAUUGCCUAAGCAGGUGGGAGCGUCUACCUCGAUAUUUGCCAAGUCACGCCAGGGAUUCCAGAAUGCCUUCCGCCGUACAUACAUGCAGCAGACCUUCGAUGCCCAGAGUGGCAGCACUGGACAGAAGCUCGCAUACGGUGCUGCCAUCGUUGGCGGUACUGUCUUGGUCACCAACUUCCUCUUUAACCGGGAGACCCGUGAGGACGGUGGCAUGCCUGCCUACGAACGAAGCUUCCUAAACGAAACUUUCAUGCACACUGGUCUUGGUCUCGGUAUGAUUGCUAUUGCUGCCCGCACUCUGCACACUAGCGGAUGGACUUUUCGCCUCAUGUCUAUGAACCCAUGGGUCGUCAUGGGUGUCGGCCUUGUCGGCAGCUUUGGUUCCAUGUAUGCUACUCGUGCUACUUCACCCGAUAACUACGUUGUGAAGUACGGAUUCUGGUCUCUGUUCAACAUCACUCAGGCUGCGCUCCUCGCUCCUCUGAUGUUCUACAACCCCGCUCUGCUUGCUCGCGCCGGUAUCUACACCGUUGGUAUGAUGGGCUCUAUUGCUUUCGUUGGCGCUACUGCCAAGCAGGAGAAGUACCUCUACCUCGGUGGUCCUCUCUUGGCUGGUGUCGCUGUUGUCGCUCUCUCCGGUCUUGCUCCAUUGGUUCUCCCCGUGACUGCUGCCCGCACUUUGAUGUGGUCUGAGCGAAUCUGGUUGUACGGUGGUCUUGCCGUCUUCGGAGGCUUCACUCUUUACGACGUGCAGAAGGUUCUCCACCAUGCUCGCUUAGCCGAGCGCGGUAUUAUCCAGCGUGAUGUUGUCAACGAGACCAUCAGCCUUGAACUCGACUUCCUUAACAUUUUCAUUCGUAUGGUCCAGAUCCUGAGCAUGCAGCAGAACCGUCGGCGCUAA